UCUUAUUUAGUUCUUUACUAUUCUUGUAAAAGAUCUCUAUCCUAACUCUCCAAUGGACCGCAAAGUCCCUCCUCCACCACAACAUCAGGUUUUCAUCAAUUUCCGUGGGGAUGAGCUGCGAAAAAACUUCAUCAGCCAUCUCGUGGAGGCCCUUCAAAGAAGUGAGAUCAACUUCUUCACAGACAAGCAGGAGAAAAAGGGGGAAGAUUUAAGCAAUCUUUUCAAUAGGAUCGAGGAGGCAAAGAUAGCACUAGCCGUUUUCUCGAAAAGGUACACGGAAUCAAGAUGGUGCUUGGAUGAGCUUGUGAAGAUAAAAGAACGUGCAGAUCUAGGCAAGCUCAAGGUGGUUCCCAUCUUCUACAAUGUGACUACAGACAAUGUGAAAUACCUUACUGAAGAAUUUGGCUCCAAUCUUGGGCGCCAUCAAUCUCCGCAUGAGCAAAACAAGAUCGGUAAAUGGAAAGAGGCGUUAGCAUGUAUCUCCUGUAAGCUUGGGUUUCCGUUCAUAGAUAAUAACGGUUUUAGCAGCAGCACAGAGAGUGAGUUCAUCGACAGUAUCGUCAAGAACAUAUUGGAAAUGCUACAAGACAUUCCCUCGGCGCAAACCCCAAAUUCUUCUACAAGCAAGCCUGUCCAAAGAGGAGAAGUUUCUUCAAAGACAACAAAGAGUUCUAAGAAAGCCUUGAAGGUUACAAAGGGAAACCCAGAGAGUCCACCUAAUUCGCUCGUAGGCUUUGACGGUUUUCCAGUUAGAUAUGGCAACCACGAUUCAACAUCCAUGACUAAAAACUCAAAACCCCUGAACCCUUCUAAGAAAGACCUCUCAUGCUCGGAACUUCGACUUAGUCAUGGCUCAGAUUUCACCGAGACGAGACCUACAUAUAACGGCUUUCCAAUUAGAUAUGGCAACCAUGAAUCUGUGGGAAGGGGAGAUCCUUCGUCUAUGACUAAAAAUUCUAAGAAACCCAUCAAGCCUUAGAAGAAAGACCUGGAGUUUUCAGACGGAUGGAUAUCUUAAGGUGAGAGGAUAUAGAAUCGGAUUUUCAGCUUUAAAAAUAGUCACUUCUCUUCAGAAUUUAUGGUUUAAUUUGGUGCAUGUUUAAGACUUCCAGUUAUUAAUAAUCAACGUUGGUCUGAUUACUCCGACCAUAUAAUAUUUAUAAAUCGCCAAAUGAUUUGAGUUUUUAAGAGAUAAAUAAAAUUUUGCUCAGCAAAUGUGACUCAAAACCAGGAUUGAGAGUAUUUUGGAGAUUAUACAUAGGGAUAUUAGGAUUUGUUUUUUAAAUUCAUCUACGGAAUUUAUGAAAUUAACGAAAAGCCUGCAUUUAUUCAGAUUUAAGCUUUUCUAAAUCUUAUUUAUUUUUCAAAAUUUAAGUUAUUUCUAUUCUUUAAAUCUAAACAAAAAUUUUAAACUUUUUGAUUUUUUUUUUAAAUUUGAGAGAUUUUUAAUUUCUGUUUGAAACUUAUUAAUAUUUUUGGUAAAAUGAGUACAGUUUGAGUAUUUAAAUGAGCAUAGCUUUAAAAGCAAGUGUAUUAAAAUGUCAAAGAAAAAUUAUUUUGGAUAUUAAACCGGGCAACGAAAAAGUGUGGGUAUUAAAAAAUUUAACGAAAUUUAGUUGGAGUAUUUUGUGGAACUUUUACUAAGAAAUAUGUGUAAUUCGAUUUAACCAUAGAAAUGAGAAGUAAUGAGAUAUAAUAAUUUCAACACUAAGGGGUGUUAUACUGGAUUAAGUUUUGAAUGUAAUUAAAAAUACAAGUAUUUUAAGUAUUUUAAUACAUUUAGUUGAAUUUAUUAAUAUAUGUUUAUUUUAAUGAAUACUAUUUUUUAAUUAAUGUACAAAAAUAAACUAAAAAUUAUUACUAAAUUUUUUUAAUAAAAAAUUAUUAAAAUUAUUGGUCAAUCCAUGUUUUCUGUAGAACAUUUUCUUUAAUUGUAUAGUAUGAAACUUCGAUUUAGAAAUUAGAGUUUAAUUUUAAUUAUUUUUGGUUUAUUUUUGGUAUUUUGUUAAUUUUGGAUAUACUUGAAAAAUUAAAAAAAAAAGGAAUUUGAUGUGAAAACUUGAAUUGAAUGAUAUGUAGUUUUAUUCAGUCUAGAAUUUGAAAUGAAUUGAAUUUUAGUAAAAUAUUGGAGGAUUUUAGGUGAAUUGAGAUUUCACUAUGAUUUUUGUUAGAUAAUUCUAAAUUAUGAAAUGUGAUUUUCUACUUUAGAAACUCCAGCAAUACUCUAAAAUGAUUAAAAAAUCUUAAAAUUAACUGUAUAGAAUAUUUUCCAUAACAAUAGAAUUUAAACUAAUUUAUUGAACAAUAAGGUUAAGAGUAAGAGGGAAAAAAUAUACGAAUAUGCAGCACUAGUAUUUAUAAGAAUUGUUACGAAAUUUUUUGCCUAUUCUUCAUCCGAAACAUAUAUUUGUUUUUGGGGAUAUAAAAGUUUCGGAUCAGAAAACUUUUUGGUAACAAAAAUUUUCAGAUCUCAAUACACCUAAAAUAAUGUUAGCACAUGAUUAUAUAUUGUAACGCUAAAUUUCUGUUAUAUGUUUUGCAAAUAAAAUAAAAUAGAACAACAUAUUAUAUCUUCAUGUGCACUGUUAAUCUUCAUAGAUGGUAACAAUCAAAUGAACAUUAGAAAUUAAUAGGAAAAAGACUGAUAGAAAUAAAAUUAUAUGAAUGAUGAAGAAUGAUCAUUUCUUAUCAAAUUUAGUGAAAACAAAUUUAUUUUAUAUUACUCUACAAUAAAAAAAAAGAAUGAGAAAGAACAGAAAAGAAAAACUAUUUAUUUAUAAAUGGUAAAAAAAAAUUUAAACAUUGCAUUAAGGAUUUAAGAACUAAGGAUUGAAAAUAUACGAUUUUCCUGGAGAGUUGGUGGAAUUCUCAUUGGAAUAUACGGAGGGAAGAAGAAACCGCUAUAUAGAUGAAAAAAAAUAAGAGAAUUUGUAUUCCCUACCCACCAAACCUCUCUUAUUUGCACUCCAUACUCUAUUUCCCUUUAAUUUUUUUCCCCCCAUCAUUACUAUUUUCCCCCCAUUGUAUGGUAUCUCACCUUUUGCAGUAUAUUAAGCUAAUUUACUCAAAAAAUAAAAUAAGUAUGAAAGGAAGUAAGAGACGACAAUGGCGUAGUGGUAGAGGAAAACACAGUGGCAAACGAAAAAAACCGGUAAUGACAGUGGAUAAUGUUACAAGUGAAAAUGAUUCAUGCUGAGAUUUAGGUGGAAUGAAUCGGAGACGGACAUGAGAUAGUCGAAGGUGAAGCUAAGAUGAUAGAAGAGAUGCUACGUUCACACUCGCAUAUAUAAAGCUUUUUUGUCUCUCUAUCUUAUAUAUAUGUAAUUUAUUGUAACAGUUAAGUUAUCUAUCGAGUUAUUAAAUUUGCUAUGGUCGCCCGUGCUGAUUUCUCUAUUCAAUGACAUUGGUAAGAGAAUUUAGGAAAAUCAUAAAUAAUUGGACACUUUUUGUUCUGUGUACGUAGCCAUGGAAGUAGCUUCUUGUUCGAUCCUUCAAAAACUUCAACCUUCAUGGGGUUGAUGGGUAAGUUUCCAUGAAGAUAAGGCUUCAAAAUUUGUGAUCAAUUAAGUUGUACAUUUUGAUUCAGUAAUUUUCAAUUCUGAUGGUUCUGUUUAUGCUGAGUGUUAUGAUGGCCAAGUAAUGAUAUACUGGUCAAGUAAUGGCCAGGCGUUCAAUGUAGGUGCGGCUUAUAUCACCCAUUCUUUAGAUUCAGAGGGUUUUCGGAAUCCAUGAGCUUUUGUGGUCUGUGAUGAUUUCUCUUCUCUGUCUAAUGUUGUUAUUCUUAUUUGUGAACUCGAGCUUUUAAAAAACUUGGGUUUGACUCUGCAAAUUGGCCUGAACCAGUGUAUUCAGACAUGUCGAGCUAUAAAAUCUAAAUUUGUACCAGUCUACGAGUUUUGUUUUCUAGUUUGUUUCGGCUUUAUUACAUACUAAGCUGAUGAACUGGUUUUGCGUCCACUUAACCUUCGAUUGUCCUCAAUAUGAGUAGAAAGAUUAGAUUGAGUUCAUUUUAAUUCUCGAAGUUGUAUUAUUGAAUUUUUGGCUUGAUGAUAUUUAUCUAUUGCUACAUGCUGUAACAUAUUGAUUCUUUGUAAUGCAUCGGUUUGGUUAGUUUUCAGACAUCAACAAGCUUCUAUUCAAACUGAUAUCCAUUUAGAUCUUAAAGCACUGCACUUUUUUCUUGUACAAGGCUAAGGGUUCAAGUCAAUAAGACUACCUAUAUAUAGAGCUCUCCUGUUACACUUCU